GUCAGGAGGGGAGAGGGCCAGGACGAUUGUUUGGCUCAUCAGGAGGCGUCCUGAGGCUUCCGGUCUGACUCCAAGGGGUGCCAGACAAUCAGCGCAUUGUCCCCAGGGCUGCAGCAUGGAGCAGGGGAGCGGCCGGGCGGAAGGCCCCGGGCCGGGGCCUGUCAGUGUGAAGACCACGCCCUGCCAUGCGGGCGGGAAGGCUCCCCGCCUGCUGCUGCUGCUGGCACUGGCCACCACGGGGGCCAUGGCUGGAGGGCUUCUUGGCUUUGCUCACAGCCCUCCCAAGCCACCGCUGCAGAUGCUCCGUCUGACCCUCCCGAGCCCCAGGGGACCCCGAUCCAACCAAACUGAACAGGUGGAUGUGGCCCGGAAAGUGGCGACCAUCACAGUGACCCCGGCUGAGAGCAACCACAGCUGGACAGUGCUGCUGGAUGGGCAGAGCGGUUGUGUCUGUUACCGCCCCUCGGAGCCCCAGGCCUGCUUCCUCCGCCUGAUGGAACCCCGUGAUCGCGAGGCCCUGCAGCUGCUGGUGAAUUCCUCCCAGCCCCACGGGCCUCGCAGCCCCGGCCGGGACACCCGCUACACCCAGGAGCUGCUGGCAGUGCUUGGGAACCAUGAGGUGGACCCUGCUCAGGUGGGGGCUCCCGUGCAGCGCCUUUGUGCAGAGACCCCCAUUUACUGGGCUCGACGAGCAGAGGGGCCCCGGAGGCAGCGGCUCCUCUACCUGUGCAUUGACAUCUGCUUCCCGAGCAGCAUCUGCGUGUCAGUCUGCUUUUAUUACCUCCCGGACUAAGCGCCUGGCUGGCCCUGUCACCAGUCCCAGACAGGGCAACCACUGGCGGCACUAAUAAACCACUCCAGCAGCCAUGA